AUGAAAGAUACCACUAAAUGUUAGAAUGUCAAAAUUUUUAGAGAUUAAUUUGAAGAUUUAUAAUCAUUCCUAUGUAUUGAGAAUUGUAUCAAACUUAAAUCUAUUAUUUUUAAAAAUUCUCUAUUUAAUUUAGAUGAAUGUACCAAUAUAUUAAAGGAAAUUUUUAAUGAAGUGUAUAUCAAAUUUAAAGAGGGUUCGUCAGAAAAAUAAAGGAAUUUUUAGUUUUUAGUAACUCUUGGUGGAAAAGAUUAUGGGAAUCAAUUUUUGAUGUUAUUUCAUUGCUUUAAAAAUAAGGAUAUCCAAAACUAAAUUAUUAAUAUUGUAAUCAGAAUUUAAUUUUUCAAGAAAAAUAGAAAUUUAGAUAUGUUUAAAUAAUGUUGUAAUGACCUUUUUAUGUUAGAUGAGGGAAUUUAUGAUAAAUGUUAUGAAUAAUUUAAUGAUAUUACUGAAUUUUAAAUUACACCUUAAUUCUUUCAACAUAAGAAAAUACAUGGAAGCUAUCCUACUAAAAUCAAUAUAUCAAUUGAAUAAUUUAUUCUAUCUAGAACUGAAUAGAAAAAAAACAAUUAAAUAAUAAAAUGGGUAUCUAAUUUAAAUAACUGUGAAUAUUUUUUGUCUCUUCUUCCUUUUUUAUUUGAUAUUAUUAAAAGAGGAGAAUCAAUUGAGCCUUUGCUUGAUUAAGUCAAUAAAAAUACAGGUAUCGAAAACAUAGAAUUUAUGAAUUUCAAAGUUAUCUUUUAAAUUUUAUAUAAUAAUUCCGAUAAAUAGCUGCAAAUCCUACUAUUAAAAAACUUAUCCUAUAAUUAUCCUAUUCCCUUUGUUUAUUAAAAUCCCAAUUUAGAUAAUAUCCAAGUGGAAGCAGAUUUAUAUUUGAUUAAUCCUAAUAUUUAUUUCUUAUUAUAAAAACAAUACAGCAUUAUUAACGUUUCUUUCAGUAAAUUGUAAACUUAAAUUGGUAAGACUUAAUUAAUUAAUAGCGUAUUUUAUCGAAAAGAUAAAUUUAAUAUUUAAGAUACUAAUAAUUUAAAUAGAAAUACUAUCGAUCUGAUGCUGGAUAAGGAAUUCAAUGGAUCUAGAAAUUUACUAAUUGCUGACGCUCAUGGGUAUAUUCCAUAAAGCUUGUUGUUGAAAAUUUUGCCAUUAUUUAGUUUUUGGAUAAUAUAGAUGGACACUGAGGAAGAAUUAAAAGAGAAUCUUGAAUAAAUUAAAAACUUAAAUAAAAAAUUCAAAAUAAUAAAUCAUAAGAUUCUAUUUAUUGUUAGAAACUCAAAAAGUAAAUAAAUUGACUAAUCUCUCCAAGAAGAAUUAAACAAAAAUUAUAUCUAACUCUACUAAAUUCAAAAUUUAUCUUCAAAAGGUAUAAACAAUUAGUUGAUUUAUUAACAAAUUAAGCUUUUGCAGGAAUAAAUUUUUAAUUAGAUUGCGAAUCAUGAGGAAUUCAAGCCAUUUAAUUAAGAAAAUUUUAUUUAGAUCUUAAGAACUGAGGACCAAGAAGAAUUAUAAAAGUUAAAUAUUUUAUUAUAAGAAAUCAAAGAUGAAGCAGAAAUAUAUUUUAAUGAUACAAAAGGAUUUUACAACUCAAAAGCAUUUCCUUUAAGAUAUUUUGAUAAAAUUAUAAAAGAAUUGCAGGAAGAGGAAUCACAACUUUUUGAAGUCUCACAAUUUUGUUUAACAUAGGAAAUACAUCAACUUUAGUAAAAAAUUCAAAAUUAUUAAAAUUUUUUAAAAUAACAAAAUCCAAGUAAGCUAUUAAAAUUAUUUAAAUAAUUAAUUUGUUUUGAAAAUUAUAGUUCAUACAUUACUUUAAUCUAAGUUAUCUCUGAUUUGACUAGAGAAUCUACUUAAAAAUUAUAGAUAAUAAAUUCUGAUUUAUUAGAUAAACUUCAAGUUUAAAAAUUAGAAAAUAGAGAAGAUAAAGAAGGGCUAAAAAAAUUAAAAUAAUAUUUUGAAGAAUGUGAAAAAGAACUUUAAUCUAAAAGUCUUAAUAUUGAUAUAUUUUGGAGAGAACAUAUCAAGCAUUGUUUUUAAAUAAAUUAAUGCCAAGAAGUCGCAGAUUAAAUAGUAAAAUUAUUAAUGAAAGGUGAAGCAUUUGAACUUUUAGAUGGAGAAUAAUUAAUAAUGAAUAUUGGUUUUUUUGAACUUAUAGUAAAAUGUUUUGAAAAAAUAAGUAAAAAUAAUAAAAUUCUUGUUAUUGGAAUUUUGGGACCUUAAAGCUCAGGCAAAUCUACGAUCUUAAACAAGAUUUUUGGAUGCCAUUUUUUCUCGAGCGUAGGAAAAUCAACUAAAGGGAUAUACUUUCAAAUGAUAUAAGUUCAGAAAAAUUCAAUAUUUGAAAAUUAGUUUGAUUUUAUUUUAAUAUUAGAUACAGAAGGAUUAUAGAGUCCAAAUUAAAAAGAUCCACUAUUCGAUAAAAGGAUUUCCCUAUUUAUAUUUGCUAUCUGUGAUAUUAUUUUAAUUAAUGUGAAGGGUGAGAUUAAUUCUUAAUUUAAAAAUCUUGUUGAAAUAUGUAUUUAUUCUUUGGCUUAAAUUUAAAAUGCAUUAUCAAAUACAAAAUAAAUUAGUUGGUGUUUUAACCAAAAUAUUGAUACUUCAAAUAAAUCGCCAUUUAUUGAACAAUUAACUUAAUUAACAAAAUAAUUAUUCGAUGAUAACGGGUAAUUUGGAAAAAAUAAAGAUAAAUAAUAGGAUAUCUUAGAAUUAAUAGAAAUUAAAAAGGAAAAUAUCCAAAUUUUAAGUACUACAACAACAAUGGAAACCUGGAAUAUCGAAGGAUUACAAUAAUUUUGGACAUAACUUAUUCCAAAUGAAUCAUAUUCUAAAGAUGCUUACAAAUAUGGUAUAUAAUUGAUACACAAUUAUUUUGAAAAGUGCCAAAAAAAAUAGUAAAGUUUUUGUGGAUAACUACUAGAAAAUUUUUUUUUAAAUUCAUAUAAAAUGUGGGAAACUAUUUCAAAAUUACCAGAUCUAUUGGAAUUUUCAGAAUUGAUUUCAUUAUAAUAAAACUAACUAAUUUCAAAAUUUUAUUAUCAACUUUGGAAUGAAAAUAAAUUAACAUUCAAAUCUUAAAUAUCAACCCUAAUAAAACAGAAAAUCGAAUAGCUUAAUUUUGAUUUAAAUUUCAAGCAUUUAUAAGAAAUUUAAUAGGAAUUAGAAUUAAAGUUAUCGAUAGAAUGCAAAAUAAUAAAUAAAAAGAUUGAAGAAAAGCUAAAUUAAUUCAAAGAGGAAAAAAACAUUUAAAAAAACAUAUAUUAAAAAUUUAUAAUUAAAUUAUAAAAUGAAAUUCAUAACCUUUAAACAGAAUGUAAUUUUUUUAUAAAUGAGUAAAUUAAAAAUUAAGAAAUCGAAUAUUAAAUACGUCGAGGUUUUGGUGAAAUUAAUAAGUACAUCAAUUAAUUAAGUCCAGAAAUUAGAACCUAAUUACAAAAUGAUGAAACAUUAUUGUAAAAUUAAUUCAAUAUCAUUUGGGAAAAAAUAAAAAUUUAAUAAUUAUAGUAAAGAAAAGUCAAAUUUGAUGAAAUUUAAACUGCAUCUCUUAAAUAAAUCAAAAGCUAUUUUUAGGAAUAUUAGUUAACUUUUCACAAAGAUAGUAACUUUUAAAGUUUUUUUCAUGAAAAAAUAAAUAAAAUUGAUCAGAAAGAAGAAGAAAAAGACAAAAUUUUUUUGUAAUACUAAGAAAUACUAAUGCAAAAUUAAUUUACAAAAUUGCCAAAAGAGGACUUCUAUCAUAUAAAUUUUGAAAUACUGGGCUUUGAUUAAAAAAUUGAAAAGUCUUAAGGCUCGUUCUUAUCUUUAGAUAAACUAUUUUAAGUAAAUUAUAAUAUAAAUUAUGUACUUAAUAGAGAACUAAAACAAUAUUUUUAAAAUUAUUUUUAAGAAGAUCUUUAAAAAGCUAAAAAGCUUGAAAAGAUUUAGGAUUUAUUGCAAAUCCUUGACUUAUUUUAAGUGGGGUAUGAUUAAAUUAGCAAAAAUAAAAUCCUUUAAUUAUUUAACAAAGACUAAAAAGAAUAUUAAAAUUCUUGUUCCUAAUUUACAUAAACAUUUAAGUUUAAUGAUUUAGAUCGAUAACGUAAAUUUUAAAAAUUGGAUCUAAAUUUAUUAGAAAAAUUGAAAAAAUCAAAAUUAAAAUUUUAUUAAAGAAAAAUCUAGGAUACAGAAAUAAAUGAUUUCAGAAAAGAAAAUAUAAUUAUAUCGUAAGCAUGUGAUAAUGUAGUAAGUAAAGAAUUUAGCAGCAAAUAUUGCGUUUAUAUUAGCAAUCCUCAAAAAUACCGUUUUGCUGAGUCUUUUCAAGUAGAGUUUAAUUAAAUGGUUAAUAAAAAUCGAAUAUGGAAUAAAAUUUAUUCUGAGAUAUAUGAUAAAAUAAAAACCUCAAUAUUGGAAUUAGCAGAGAAUACAGAAAUUAUCUCAAAAGACAUAAUUCAAGGAGUGAUGCAAUAAAUAUGCGAUUUUAGUGAAAAUCGUUACAAACCGUAAUUUUCUUUAUAUGGCCUUUAAUUAUCUGAUAUGGGAUAAAGAUGCAUCUAUUAUUACAGUUUGCACAUAAUUUGGAGAUUUUAUUGUUUAAAGAUUUGGAAAAAGUUUGAAGAAAAUUAAAAGUUAGUUGAGAAUAGCAAGAAUGAUUAAUGGGAAUCUUUCAAACUUGAGAUACAUUAGCAUAAAUUUAAAUUAAGCAUGUAAAAAGGUAAAUUGCUUGCUAAUUAUUUGAUUGAAAAGUCUCAAUAGAUUUUUUAUUUAGAUAAGAGAAUUGAAAUUGAAGAUUUUCUUAAGAGAGAGCUAAAAAAAAAUGAAAAUUUAGUAAAGUACUUGGAUGAUAAAAUAAUUACAAAAAGGUAAAAAAUUGAACUAUUAAAUGAGAUGACAGAUUAGGAAUAAGUUAUGGAAUAUCUGACAAAUUAAUUGAACUUUAUUUAAUCAUAUGUAGAAAAAUAUAUAAAGCAUAUAACAAAAUAAAUUUAAUUACAAUACUAAGAAUCAUUUAAUCAAGAAUUAAGAAUUAUUUUUCACAGAGUAGAGACAAAUGCUAAAAAAUUAUUAAAAAGCCUUCCCUAUUAUCCAAGUGUUGAAAACUAUUUUGAGAAUUCUAUUAAAUCUAAAUUCUAUAAAAUUAAAGAUGAAGAUUAAAAGAAAAAACAAGAAAACAUUCUUGAAAUCAAAUUAUUUAAUUUAGUUUUUCAGUACCUUUUGGAAUAUGAAUAAAAAUAGGAAGAAAUCGAAGAAAUUGAUGAUUAAUACAAAGAUUGCUUUAUUCAUAACUAUAAGCGAAAAUAAAAUAUAUUAAUAAACUAGAGGAAUGAAAUGGAUAACUAAAUAAAUCAAAUUCAACCAUUUUUAUAAUCCUUACUUGAUAACCUAUAAUUAGUCAGUUCAAUUAACUUUGACCUAACUUAACUGCUCAUUUAAGAAAGCUUGAACUCAUUAAAAUUGGCUAUGAUUGGAUGUACUCAUUGUUGUCCAAUGUGUAAUCGUAAAUGUGAUUCCGAACCUGAAUUUCUCCCUCAUUCAUGUUAAAAUGGUCAUUACUUAAGAGGGAUGAAUGGUAUACUGUUAGGAAAUAAGCCAUAAUUACAGAGUUGCGAAGAAAUAAAAGAUGAUUAAAUCAUUGAUAUCCUUGAAACUAAAAAGCAGAUGAAAUGGAAAGAAAUUAAGAAAAUAUAUCAAAAAUGGAAUUUUGCAAGCGUAAGUGUAAAUACAAAAAUACUUAAGGAAAAUAAAUUGAAAUUGAUCAAAAUUUGGAAUGAUGGAAUUGGAAACUUAAUAUGCACAAAAUUAAGUUAAACAUUUAAUACCAAAAUUUAUUAUAAUACAAGGGAACAAUAGGAAAUCUUCUAUCUUUUUAUACUUGAUGACUCCUUUUCAAUGGAAGGAAAAAAAGGAGAUGAAAUGAUGGAAAGCUUAAGAUAAUAACUCAAAUUUCUGAAAUCAAAUAAAUAUGCUAAAGUGAGUGUAAUUUCAUUCAAUUAUAAAGCCUCAUUGUAAAUAGAAUUUAAAAAGCCAAAAGCAAAAUUGAUUAAAUAAAUUACGUUAGUAGGAGGAAUUACAAAUUUUGACCCACCUCUCAAAUUAUGUUUAGAUUAAAUACUAAAAUAUGAAAAAAAAAUUGAUUAAGCAUAUAUCCUCCUUUAUUCUGAUGGGGAAGGUUCAUAUCCUCAAUAGAGUUUAGCUGAAUAUAUAACAUUAAGUUAAGAAUUAAGAAAUAAAAUAUCAUUUCUGAUUUGUACAGCUGGGAGUAAACCUCAAACUCUACUUAAAAUGAUUUAGCAAUUAACACUUGCAUUUCACAAGGUAGAAUUGAAGAAAAACAUUUAAAGCUCAGAUCUGAGUAAAUGUUGGAAUGAAAUAUUAAUUAAAACUUGCUAGAUGACCACAACUGAAUGAAAAAAUUAUAUUAAACAUAAAA